CUUCAAGUCACUCUUGCUGAGCUUCGUGUUUUCUUUUUCUGUGAUGCAUAUGUAAUUCACACUCUCCUCCUCAACACAUUUUCUUUCGGUCUAAUUCCUUCUGUCUUCACACACACACACACACGCACACACGCACUCACCCACUCUCCCUCUCCUUUUCUCUCUCCUUGACUGUCCCCUCCCUCACUUCUUCCUCUCCAUCCUCUGCUGUUUUGCUGUCUUAUUCUCUGUUUCUCUUUUUCCCUUUCUUUCCACAGUGUGAACCCCCCUUUUUUUUAAUCCCCACCACCUCUGUUUUCCAUCUCCAUCCUCCCCUUCCUCCAUUUCCUUUCAUAUUCAUUCCAUCAUUUCUCUUUCUUUUCCGCUGUUUCGCUCUCGCCUUGAAAAAAAAAAAAAAACGGAUAAUAUAAUCUCACCUUCCCUUUUCUCCGCUCUUUCUCUCUCAUACUAAAUUCCGAGACCACCCUCUCUCCUCUCCUCUCCUCUCUCUUUUCUUUGCUCACUCUCUCUAUUUCCCUGUGGCCCUCCCCCUCCCUUUUCAUGUUUCCCCCUCCCUCCAUCCUCUCUUUCCCUCGCUGGUUCAGUUAGUCAAAGAAGAGAUUCACGGAAGGAGAGAAAAGGGGGGAAAGGCAGGACGAGAGUGAGAGCGCAGGAGUGGGGCAGGCUGGGGAGAGGGGUGUGGGGUCUCAGCCCUCUGUCGUGGGGGGUUGGGGGGGUUGAGAUACACCCCAAUAUUUUGUUCUAAGUACCAUGGACUGCCUCUGCAUUGUGACUACAAAGAAGUACAGGUACCAGGAUGAGGAGACGCCCCCCUUGGAGCACAGUCCAGCACAUCUGGCUCCUGGGAAAAGUGCCGAGAUGCUUCAUAUGAGUGAUAAGAACCUUGCUGCCAUGGAGGCCAUACAUGGCUACACACCACACACACAUAUCUCUCCUGUCAAGCCUGUGUUGAUGUCUACGGGACACACUCCAAUGUACACCUCCGCUGUUUCCACACUGGGAAAUACUCCUCCAGUGGUGGUGAACACUGACACGCUCGAUGGCUCCCCAUAUGUAAAUGGGACAGAAGGGGAAAUCGAAUAUGAAGAGAUCACACUGGAGAGAGGCAACUCAGGCCUAGGCUUCAGCAUUGCGGGGGGAACAGACAAUCCCCAUGUGGGCGACGACCCCAGCAUCUUCAUCACCAAAAUCAUACCUGGAGGAGCCGCAGCUCAGGAUGGACGGCUUAGUGUGAACGACUGCAUCUUAUUUGUGAAUGAUGUUGAUGUGAGGGAGGUGACACACAGCCAAGCUGUGGAAGCUCUUAAGGAGGCAGGUGCUAUCGUCCGCCUCUACGUUCUCCGCAGAAAACCAGCAGCUGAGAAAGUCACUGAAAUCAAACUCAUCAAAGGGCCUAAAGGAUUGGGUUUCAGCAUUGCUGGAGGGGUGGGAAACCAGCACAUACCAGGAGAUAACAGUAUCUACGUCACCAAGAUCAUUGAAGGAGGGGCGGCUCAUAAAGAUGGGCGUCUGCAGAUCGGGGACAAGAUCUUAGCGGUGAACAGCGUGUGUCUGGAGGAUGUGAUGCAUGAGGAUGCGGUGGGGGCUCUGAAGAACACAGCCGAGGUGGUGUACCUCAGGGUGGCCAAGCCCAACAACCUGUUCCUGACCAACUCCUACAACCCUCCAGACCUCACCAGCACAUAUUCCCAUAUGGAUACUGAACUCAGCCACCCCAACUAUCUUGGGUCAGAUUACCCACAAGCCCUCACUCCCACUUCACCUAGUCGGUUUUCUCCUGUUCUGCAUGGCAUGAUGGGAGAUGAUGACAUCCCAAGGGAGCCUCGCAGAGUUUUGAUCCACCGAGGCUCCACAGGUCUGGGAUUCAACAUUGUUGGAGGAGAGGAUGGAGAGGGAAUCUUUAUCUCCUUCAUCCUGGCAGGAGGGCCAGCUGAUCUCAGCGGAGAGCUGCACAAGGGCGAUCAGAUCCUCAGCGUGAAUGGUGUUGACCUGCGUAUGGCCACACACGAACAGGCAGCUGCAGCAUUGAAGAACGCUGGCCAGACAGUGACCAUCAUCGCUCAGUACCGACCCGAUGAGUACAGCCGUUUUGAGGCUAAAAUCCAUGACUUGAGGGAACAGCUGAUGAACAGCAGCAUGGGAUCUGGGACCACGACGCUAAGAAGCAACCCAAAGAGAGGCUUCUACAUCAGGGCUCUUUUUGACUAUGACAAGACUGCGGACUGUGGCUUCCUCAGUCAAGCACUGGGCUUCAGGUUUGGAGAUGUGCUGCAUGUGUUGGACUGCGGAGAUGAGGAGUGGUGGCAGGCCCGUAAAGUCAGCCCCCAGAAUGAGGCUGAAGAGGUCGGCUUCAUCCCUAGCAAGCUCAGGGUGGAAAGAAAAGAGUGGUCUCGUGUUAACACCAAAGAGAGGGACCAUGGUCGAGAUACUUUGAGCACUCAAGGGAGAGAUAAACCAUCACACAGUUAUGAGACAGUCACCCAAGUGGAAGUUCAUUAUGCGAGGCCCAUCAUCAUUCUGGGUCCUGUGAAGGACAGGAUAAAUGACGACCUGUUGUCUGAGUUUCCUGAUAAGUUUGGAUCUUGUGUACCACACACCACGCGGCCCAAGAGGGAAUAUGAGGUGGAUGGACGGGACUAUCACUUUGUGUCUUCACGGGAACAGAUGGAGAAGGACAUCCAGAGCCAUCGAUUCAUCGAGGCAGGCCAGUACAACAGUCACCUGUACGGCACCAGUGUCCAGAGUGUCCGUGAGGUGGCUGAGCAGCAGGGGAAACACUGCAUCCUGGACGUAUCGGCCAAUGCUGUGCGCAGACUACAAGCAGCUCAGCUUCAUCCUAUCGCCAUCUUUGUCCGGCCCAAGUCACUGGAGAAUGUCCUAGAGAUCAACACUCGCCUGACAGAGGAGCAGGCCAGGAAAGGAAUGGACCGAGCCCUCAAACUAGAACAAGACUUCCUAGAGUGUUUCUCAGCUGUCGUGGAAGGGGACAGCUUUGAAGAGGUCUAUCACAAAGUAAAGACAGUGAUCGAGGAGCAAUCAGGGCCUUACAUCUGGAUCCCCACUCGGGAGAGGCUGUGAUGCUGCACCCGCCCAACCGCCCCUCCCUCACAACCACCAACCGACACCACCCUUCACCCUCACAGCCAAGCCAGCCUCGCCUGCGUGUCUGUCCUCCAGCAAAGUCAGUGCUUAGGCAAUCACUGAGAAUGACACAGAGAGACAAAUGCAUACUAAGACAAACACAGAAACAGAGACAAACACAGGAAGUGACACAGCGAGACAAAGACUGAUACCAAAAAAGAGACUCUGAGACAGAUGUGAACACAGUCAUGUGUAAUUAAACUGAAAGAGACUGAGAGAAAAGACUUAAUCAGUAUUCCACUUUAAUGAGGCAGGACUGAGUAUUAAAGCCCUGAUCACACUUAGCAUUAAAAUGCAUCUUGGCCACAAGUAGACAGCUCUAAAUACAGCUGUGACUGCACCCAAAACUGGGGAUGUAAAUGUCAUAAACACAGUUGAUUUAGCGAUGCCAAACAACUUAGUGUGUAAUGUGUGUUUUUUCUCUUUAGAUGCAGUUGCAGCUUCUCAACAGAUAAACAAAUCAACUCAAAUGUGAAGCGGAAUCCAAUCAUAAGUGAUUACUCGAGAGAUUUCUGAUGCAUUUUGAUGCCAGGUGUGAACUACAGUCUAUGUCAUCUGGAUCUAGACACAGUCUGGAUAUACUGGCAGGGCUUGAAAGAGAGUAGAGGGUGACCCAGCAGGGAUGGACCCCGAGGUAGUAUUAAGACCACCUCACCCUCCCCAUCCCUCGGAAGUCUCACGCCCCCACUGAACACCUCCACGCGCCUAUGUCUGAGAUGGAGGUGCCCCAAAAAGACACCGACCCCUCUUUUUAUAUGACCUCCAGGCUUUCUCUCCUCCUCCUCCUCCUGUCAGCUCUGCCUUGUUUCAGGCAGGAAAGGGGGAAGACUGAGAACAGGGGGCCCAGAUCCUGCUGAGUCCCUCUUGACCAGGAGUCCUUUCAUGGCAAAGAGUCCUUUUUUUCGUGAAUCUCUUCUUGGUUCUGGGUGUGAACCCAGACUUACACCUCAGUGACCAAGACUGACAUUUGCUCAAUCACCCAUGUUGAAUAUUGCGAGGCAUUAUUUAAAGGCAGUUCAAAUAAUUAUAAUGAUAAAAACUCAUAUGCUGAAUUUGUGCAUGCAUCCUCAAAGACAAUGGAGACAGGAGACAAAAACUAUGGAAAAAUCUGACUUAAAAAAAAAAAGAAAGAAAAAUAUAAAAUAAAAAGAAAGGCAAGUAGGUAGGGUGUGUUCUCCUUCGCCACCUCCUGAUUGUGGAGGAGUUUUUUUAGCAUGUCUCAUGAAGGAAGAAGAGAAGAGAGAUGAGGUCAUGAGAUAUGGUCAUGAGAGGCCAGUCCUGAAGUCCUGAGCACAGUAGAUGCUCUGACAUCCAGUUUAGCCUCUGCUCUCUUAUACACACACACUCACGCACCAACACAGAAGCACACACACUCACUUAUCCACCGACACACACACAUACACAUACACACACAGACACACACACACACACACACACACACACACACACACACACACACACACACACGUAGAGUUGUAACCUCAGCUGUAACCUAGCACACUCCUCUACAGGGGGACUGGCUGUUCUGACCUGCUAGUCAGAAUCCAGGAUGAAUGUUAUCUCUCUAGGCACAAACAGCAGAGCUGUUAGCUUCAUCGCACCACAGCCAACUCACCGAUCACUCUUCCAAAAGAAUCCCUCAGCCGCAGACGUACACACUGUUUCCAGUGGCCGCAGUAAAAGCCAUGGCAUGUGUGUGUGUCUGUGUCAGCUUGUGUGUGCGUGUAUGUGUGUGUGUGUGUGUGUGUGUGUGUACGUGCGUGUGCGUCUCCUUGUGUGCGCUUUUGUGCACAUCCAUGUGUGGAAACUCCUCUGUGUGGGAGGAAUAGGUCUUCUUUUAUUCUCUCUCUUCCACUUUUUCUCUGCUUCUUUCUCCCUCUUGUGUCCACGCGAAUUAAAUCUAAGUCAUGUUUAACAAAUAAAUGGCCUAUAUAUAUAAAUAUAAAUAUAAAUAUAAAUAUAAAUAUAUAUAUAUAUAUAUCUUUUUUAUGACAAUUUCUAACGGGACUAAGUCUGUAAAAAUCAACAUCUACAAACAAUAUUCCAUUGAUUUCUUUGGGUAAUAUUGCUGUUUGGUUGUUGAAUUUACUCACGUUCCCAUUUUAUUGUUGUAAGACGCAGCAAAAAGAAAUAACUGAACUGUUCCAGUCGAUGUAAAGCAGACCUCACACUAGAGCUUUGAAUUGACAGAAUUGACAUGUUCUUGUAUAAGAAUUGAGACACAUGUACAAUGCAGCUAUGUGUGUGUGUGUGUGUGUGUGUGUGUGUGUGUGUGUGUGUGUGUGUGUGUGUGUGUGUGUGAGACCGUGUGCGUGCACCUACGUGUGUUUACUGCUUGUGUGUGCGGGUGACAAGAAGGUUUGUGUUAUAAAUACAAUAUAUAAAUGAUACUAUAUGAGAACAUCUAUCCUUUAUAACAUCCACUGGUGGUUAUAAUGUGUAAUACAUAAAUGGUGUGGUGUGCAUAUGUGUGUGUGUGCCAGAGCGAGAGAGUGAGACACGCACAUGAAGAUGUAGUGCAAUAUUGCUAUGAUGUUAUGCAAUGAAGAUGGUUUUACAUGUGUCUAAGAUAUAAAACAAAAAGAGUAUUUAUAAAGUUUGCACUGACGGCAUUUAAUGCUUCAGGUAUCAGCAGGAAAAAGAUGGUGAGUGGAAGCAUAGGGACUUUGAGGUUUUAUGAGCAUGUGUUUGUAUUUACUUAUAAUUUGUCCUGAAUUAUAAGAGUGAUUAUAAGAGUGAAGGUGGAAGUAUUGAUGGAAGUGACCAUUCAUAUUUAUUGUUUUUUUAUAUUUGUUCACUUGCUUCUCUCAGCUCAUGGUGGAACAGCUGAAGCCUGUGAAUGACAAGUAUCAAUUUCUGUUUUUGGUCAUGGUUUAUUAUUUAUUUAGAACUGUCACUGGUUCCAUCUCAAGUCUGUAUAUUUUUGUAAUUUUUUUUUUUUUUCCACAUUGAGAGAGCUUUUGGGUUUUGGCCAGAAAUGCUGUAAAUAUAAUAGAGAUGUUGGCGUGCCGUGUGGCUUUAGAUUUAGCCGUGCACACUGCUGAUCCGAAUCCAUCAGAGCCACAGCCCAGUUUAACUGCUCAAACACAGAAACAACAUCUGCACACUGCAGGUGGGCAACACACACACACACACACACACACACACACACACAGACACACACACACACACACACACACUAACACACUAACACACAAACACACACACACACACACACACACAUACAAACACAUACACACACAAAGAUAUCAGCACGUCCACACAUCCAUUUACAUUUACACAUUGAGAGAAUCACAGAAACAACAACACAUGGCAACACAUCCAUGAAUGGAAUAAUAUGUUUUCAAUUUCUUUAUUUGAGGGUUCAAUGUAUUUCUUAAUAUCUCUCUCAGCCAUCCGUAUCAUAGUGUGAUAUUCCUUAUAAAAUAUAUGAAUUUUUACAGAAAAGACUGAUUACAAACUUACAACAAAGUCAACUGAUGCAGAAAAAUAUAUUUAACAAUGACAAUAUCAAGCAAAAUAAAAUGUUCCAGUUCAGUGAAGCGCUUGUUGUAAAUUAGCUAUAAAAUAAUAAAAUGAAUUUAAAAAUGCUUUCUGAAA